UAUUUUUUUUUUUCUUUUUUUUUUUUAAAUAACAUUAUCUGUCAUAACUCGCAAUAUGGGAGUUUUUCUUAUGGACAAGGAACCCACAUUUGAGCCAUCUUUUGCGAAGAACUUUUCCAAUUUAGUAAGGCAGCCUUUGCCUAUUAGCCAGUCUCCUUCGAUAGCUCCUCAUCAGAGGCAACGGGAACAGCAUUUAGACUUGCAUACCGAACCAAUAGAUAUAAGUCAAGAUCGUCACCAAUUGUCACAACAUAUUCCGCAAACUACAAAAAUGUAUCAUUCGGGAGCCGGUUAUCCGGAUUUAACAGGCAAUGCAGGUGCGACUGGAGUCUCUUCGUAUCAUCAGCAAGCUGCCGCAGCUGUGGCAACAGUCAGUGCUCCUGUCUACGUACCCUCCAAUCGUGCUUUAACUAGCAGUCAGUAUCAACACGUAGCUGCUCACUUUGGUACAGCGGCCGCCCAAAAUGCAUGGACUUCAGAUAGUUUUGGUACCGCCCACGCACAAUUGCCUCCCCAGUUUUAUACACAAAAUGCAGUUAUGAUGGGUUCGUGGCGGGCCGCUUACGAUCCGACAGGUUUUCAACGUUCCUCACCUUAUGAUAGCGCAAUCGAUUUUCAAUUUGGCGAAGGUCGAGAAUGUGUAAAUUGUGGUGCUAUUAGUACGCCGCUAUGGCGACGUGAUGGUACUGGUCAUUAUCUUUGUAACGCUUGCGGUCUAUAUCAUAAAAUGAACGGCAUGAAUCGGCCGUUGAUUAAGCCAAGCAAGCGAUUGGUGAGUGCAACUGCUACCCGUCGUUUAGGUUUAUGCUGUACUAACUGUGGUACUCGCACCACAACUCUUUGGCGCCGUAAUAACGAAGGUGAACCAGUAUGCAAUGCAUGCGGUUUAUAUUUUAAAUUACAUGGUGUGAAUAGGCCUUUGGCUAUGCGUAAAGAUGGCAUUCAAACGAGGAAAAGGAAACCGAAAAAGUCAAGUAGUUCCUCGGAAAAUAGUAAAGAUAUUAAAGAUGAAGAUCAUAAGCCAUCAUUAGCUUUAGAUCGGCACAGUUUAACGGGCAGUCUAGCGACAAGACUGCAAAAUGACUUAGGAGUUAAAGGCACAAAUAACAGUACCUCAGUACUACACACUUUAAGUUUGGGUUCUGCCAGUUCCGCUUUGCAUAAUUCUUUGAGUCAUCAUCAUAUGCAUAUCCCGUCCACUUCCUCUGCGCAACAAAGUAGACUAUCGUCACAGCAUAGCGCGAUCACGCAUACAUCUGCCGCAAAUAAUAUAAAUGGUUCCAGUGCAGCAACGUCGACGUCAGCGAAUUUACCGCAUAACACAAAUUUGUGUUCAUCUUCGGCCAUAACGAUGCAAAGUAACUUGGGCCACUCUCAGCUCUCAGGUACUGCCUUUAGUUCUCAUCCUGCAGCUCCCACUAAAUACGAACAUUUACUUGGCUCUACAAAUUCACUGACAAACGGUCUUACCGCGCCCGGAACAGGUUCAUCAAGUUCCAAUUAUCAUCAUUCACAUCACUUACAUCAUCAUCAUCAUCAUCAUGCGGCAGCAGCUGCUGUCCAUCAUGCUACCCAUCAUCAUCAACAUCAUUCAUCUUCAUUAAGUCAUCAUCAUGUGAGCUCCUCAGCAGGUCCCGGCAGUACGGGCAGUAUGGGCUAUAGCGUUAAGGCGGAGAGCAGUGCUACAAAUUACGAUUACGUGAAUAAUUGUUAUUUUGGCAGUUCCUUUGGACAUUUGGGCAGUAGUCCAACAUCGGCGACAGCAAGCGGACUUCAUGGCAAUGCUGCCAGCGAUAUGGCUGGUGUUUAUCAUCAUCAACACAAUGUUAUACAAGCGGCCAAAUUAAUGGCCACUUCUUAAAGGGCUAUAAUUUAUCCAUAUACGAAGAGCGGUAGCGACCUUAAGAUUACAACUGCAUAUAUGUUUGUACACAUGUAUAGCAAGCCAUAUCGCCAUGCUAUUUUCUCUGGUAUCGAAAUGUUUUCAUUGAAAAGAAAAAAAAAGAAAAAGCUGGCAGAUAUAAGAAGGACGCAGUAAUAUCAAGAAACUUAAAAUUUAUGAGGAGUAAGUGAAAAGGAAAAAAGUUUAUUUCUUCUAUACUCUUCGAUCAUAAUGGAGACACUGAUAGAGAAAGAGAGAGAGAGAGAGAGAGAGAGUGAGAGAAAAGAAGAAGAAAAAGACAAGAAUGGAGAAAAGAGGGGAAAUAUGUGUUAGAAAUUUAAGCAGUAUUGCCAGAUUAGAAUUUAUAUUACGCUUUAGGUGUUUUUAUUGGAGAAGACCUAAGUAAGAGAGAAAAAAAACUUCUAUUGAAAAAGACUAAAAACAUUUAAUUCAUGAAUUUCUUACCUUAAGCACAACUACUUGCAAUAAUUAUUUUUAUUUAAUGUUAAAUUAUGAAAAAAACAUUUUGUGUACAUAACGAAUCUUAUUUAAUAUCCUAAAGAAUUCUUAUUCUUUGUUGUUCUUACAUAUAUA